AACAAAUAUCAAUACUGCGAUUAGCAUGGACGAUGAACAUCCUCUACAGAAAAGAGUCUACAAUUCGACGAAAAAUAGCAGCAAAUUUCAUCGCAAUAUUAGUUUGCAUAAUGUCGAGCUCUCAAAAAAUAAAAAGAAAUCAGGUUCACUCUCUGAUAAACAGCUUCAACGUCUCUGCGAUGAACUCAAUGCAUCUCGUAAAUUACCUGAUUUAUCGUUUGGUAACGCAACAUUAAAUGAUUUUCUUAGGCGUAGUAGUCGAUUACGAAAGCCAACAAAAUUAAAAGAUAUAAUGUAUAUUCAACGCGUUGAAUCAUCUACGUCAGGAAAGAAAAGUACGACUCGAAAAAGAAUGACGAUUUCGCAAACACAUUCAAAUGCUUCAGUUCUACAGAGAAUAUAGAUCAAGAAAACGAUGGUACUCAUGGCAGAAAUUUAGAAGCUUUUGAACAAGUUGCAUCUCAAAGUAAAGGUAAUUUAAUAUAUUGUCAGCUUCAACUACAGAAGAACAUGUCCAAGUUGCGCAAUAAAAGCAAAACCUCGCAGUCAU